GGCGGGGUCAAAGAGGCGUCACCUGACCAGCGUGAAGUUAUUAUUUAUUUUAUAAUUUCUUCACAUCCCCCGAUCACAAACUCCCUUCACCUCCUCCUGCGACGCCAUUUCAUCUCCCGGAGAAGGGGUGGAGUGAAAAACUGAGAAUAUUUAUCCUACUUUCAGUUGUGAAAGAAACUGAGACCGUAAGGGGCAGAUUUGGUCGGAGGCCUCGGCUGUUAGGAUGUUCCAGGGGCUGGCGAAGGAGCGACUGUUACGGGCUUCGAGCUGAAGAGACGCCGAGGCCUGACGGCGGCCUAUCUCCAGAAGGCUAUUUCUCACUUAAAAAAAGUUUUCCUACUGUAAUCCCAGCUAUGCCUUUCUUCGCCACCAACCCCUUCGACCAGGAUGUCGGAUGAGGGCGUCGCUUGCUAGGCCAGCAUUUAUUCCCUAUCCUUAAUUGCCCAGGGGACAGUUAACAGUCAACCACAUUGCUCUCAGUCUGGAGUCACAUGUAGGCCAGACCAGAAAAGGCCACAAAUGAACAUAACACCAGUGAAGACUGGACUCUUAUCAUGGAUAUCUGUGACCGUGUUGGCACUACACCAAACGGGCCAAAAGAUUGUCUGAAGGCUAUUAUGAAGAGAGUAAAUCACAAAAAUCCUCAUGUGGCAAUGAAGGCCUUAACGUUACUAGGUGCCUGUGUCUCGAACUGUGGGAAGAUUUUCCACCUAGAAAUAUGUUCGCGUGAUUUUACAAGUGAAGUUGGAAAUUUAUUAAGUGUAUAUAAUAAGGCUCAUCCGAAAGUAUGUGAAAAGCUGAAGGCAUUGUUGAUGGAAUGGGUGGAGGAGUUUCAAAAGGAUCCCCAGCUCAGUCUUAUUGCUGCUACCAUUAAAGCACUUAAAGAAGAUGGUGUGUCGUUUCCUUCAAUGAGCUCUCAGAGCCAGAGCACUUCAAAUUCAUCUAAAGACAGCAUAACAGCAGCAAGUAGAAGUACUGAAGAUGUUGAUCUAGCUAAAGCUAUUGAGCUGUCCUUACAGGAGCAAAAACAGCAACAGACAGAAACUAAGUCCCUGUACCCAUCAACAGAAAGUGCUCCAAACAACCAUAGAACUGAAAUACGCAUGGUUCGUGCCCUGUAUGACUUUGAGGCUGUAGAAGACAAUGAGCUUACUUUUAAAGCUGGCGAAAUUAUCACCAUUUUAGAUGACAGUGACCCCAACUGGUGGAGAGGAGAGACGAAAAGAGGAGUUGGACUUUUUCCUUCAAACUUUGUAUCGACCAGUCUGAAUGCAGAGCCUGAACCUGAGAAGAUUGUUAUGACAGAGGAGACAUCUGUACAAGAUAUUCAGCCUUCGGAGCCUGAGCCAGUUUAUAUAGAUGAGGAAAAGAUGGACCAGGUUUUGCAGUUGCUUCAAAAUGCAAUUCCUACUGACCAGCAGCCUGACUCAGCAGAACUGUUACAUCUAGAAGAUGUCUGUCAACAAAUGGGACCAAUCAUUGAUGAGAAGCUUGAAGAGAUAGACAGGAAGCAUUCUGAGCUGUCAGAGCUGAAUGUGAAGGUUUUAGAAGCCCUGGAGCUGUACAACAAACUGAUGAAUGAUGUGCCUAUGUACUCCUCCAUGUAUUCCAAGCCUCAGUCCCAGUCCCAAGCUCAGGCUUACUAUACACAGCAGUCAGCUGCUGUUCCUAUGCAGGUGUAUCCAGGGCAGACCCAGAGUGGGACGUAUAUGCCAGCGGGCAUGUCGCAGGUGACAGCCAGCCAGGGCUACAGUUUAGGACCGGAACAGAUUGGUCCACUUAGGUCCCUGCCUCCGACUAUAAACUCAGCCAGUGCAACCCAGAGCAGUCAGAUGCCCUACAUGAGCACCGGACCACCACAAGUCUACAUGACUCAAGCAGCAAGCCUUCAGGUGACAACUGGACCAGCAGCCCCCUACACAGCACAACCAGGACUGAGUAACGAUAUGCCUGCCUAUCAGAACACUACCGUCAGUGGACCUCCAGCUGCUGGAUACCCAAUGGUCUCCCAAGCCCAGCAUAUUCCUCAGCACCACUCUAACUAUUUUCAGCAGCCUCUGCUUUAAGAGAAGUACAGCUCAUGUGAGCCUUUCAGCAGAUCUCCUGGUUUCCGUGUUAUUGUGCUAGAUACUGCCCUGCUGAGAUUUUGUCACACAAUGGCAGUACUGCACCAAUAAGUAGAGAUCCCCUAUAUCGGGGGUUUACUGCAGGCAGUUAAUUUUCUGUCAUCUUCUUGCUUUAAUGAAAAGUGAUUUUUUUUUUUGGUAAUCUUUAGUUGUCUGUCUCCACUCUACAUAUUGUUUAAUGUGAUUGCACCCUGUCUUACUCCCUCUGCUAUUCACAUGAUUUGGCAGCUCUGGUUAGUUGCCAUUUGCUAGAAAUUGGGGAAUCAGUGUGCCCACUGUAAUUGAUUCACAAUGAGGCAUACCUUCCUGUGGCCCCAGCAGCAAUAGAAGAACUGUGAAAGGUCACUGUCCCAAACGACCCAUGUGCAGUCCUGCUGUGGACUCUGAGCCAGAUGAGGGUGCCAUAAGGUUCCCUGUGCUUGGUAAUAUGAACUCAGCUGGAGCGAGGCUGCUGUUGGUUGCAGUGCUCUUGGAUGAGAGAAAUGGCCAGGGUUCAAGUCAACAUAAAAUGCAUGAGCCUUGCAGGCUACCUGAAGGAAUUUGCUUAAAUGCUCACAGCAUGGUAAUGUUGACCGCACUGUUUCAGUGCCUGCCUCAAACCCGAGCUAGGAAUGCUGUGGUCUUUUGUUUUGGAACCCAGUUUAGGUGUCCACAUGAAGACACAGCCCUUGACAGAAGUGAGUAUCACUGCCCAAUCCUGAAGGGAAUGGCCAGGGCAAGGCUCCAGUUCAUCCUGGUCUUCAGGUUUCCAAUUUCAGCUGUGACAUUAUGAUUCUACAAUUCACCCAUCGUUUUACUGUCACUCCACAAACUGAUCAGGCUGGAAACCCAUACGAAGGUGUUCAGAACACAAUUGAUUGUGGCAAGGGCCUCCUGUGAAUGAAAAAGUAUCUGAAAACCACACCCCACUGGGGUUUUGAAGUAAUCAGUUCAGCCUGGUUUGUUUGAAAGAAAUGAAUAAUCAAAAGCAGUGAUGUGUGGGGAGCAUUUUAGAAAAUUUACAGUACAAAGAGCAAUCUUGGGGAUCAUUUGACAGUGUGGUGAGCAUAUAAUAGUAUUGGGAUCUGUAAGGUUCUAGUGCACUGCCUUUACUGACUGAGCUAUCGGCCCUAGUUUGUAUUUUUCUGUUGAUUUCUCUCUCGUGCAGCACGGGCAAUACUAAUUCGAGUUGGGCGUGACUUGGUACCAAACUACAUUCUUUGUUGCACUCGUACAGUGAUCCAGAUUGCUGCUGUUUUUUCCCCCUUUUUUGAGUUUUGUAGCACAAUAAGUGAUUCUAUUGUGUUUGUUUCUCAGCUGGCAGUUAUUGACAAGUUGCACUUUUCUCAACAACAAAAGCGGUGUUGCAUGUUGCCCACACUUUUUUUCAAACCUCACCAACUCAUGCACAACCCACCUUCUGGAAUUGGUCAGUUUUGGGAUAAUUCUCCUUUGACACUAGAGCUUCAAGAGACUUGUCCACAUUCCUUCGUUUUCCCGUUGUCACAUCUCCAAGUUUACUGAUGAGAAUUCUAUUGGAAUUGUUUUAAUUCUGUUUUUGUUAAACUCCCCAGAACUUGCACGUCGCUCAUUAGCACUUGCUGCAUCUUUCCAGUGAAGGGUAGAGUUAUUAGUGUGGGAGUUGGGGUUUCAGAAGAAAUUAUAAACUUUAGUCUUUAGAAGGAUCACCAGGGGAAUGCAGUGCUCACCUUUUAAGGAAUUUAUCCUGUCUUCAUCUUGUUGCACUAUAAUAGGCUUCGAACAUCACAGAUCUCAUAUCUCUAUCCCACAUCCCAUCUCCUUGACCAUGUUUUGACUUAUUUUAUAUUUAAUCAAUAUUUUGAAGUAGGACUAGCUAAAAUGCAGUAUUUUUGUUGCAUUUGAUUUCAAUUUGACAUUCUUGUUCUUGGGAUUUUGGAUGUCUGACGAUUUACGAAGAGAAAUAUAGAUCAAUCGUGUUUUAAAGUUUUAAUGACUAAUUCCACGCCAAAUUAGUUUAAGGUGUAAUAAAAAGCAAUCAAGCAGCCAAUCUCCACUAAAUAGACAGAAUAGGGUUUGAUCAACUCGAGUUGAUUCCUGAAGUUAAUGGAAGUAUUGGGGAGUGGCAGGGAGAGGAGUAAAGAUUGUUCGCAACAAAGACAUGCUGCAUUUGUAAUGCUGUUCCUUCACAAUGUUGGAAAUGUUUUUCUUUUUAACAGAUUUUACAUACAACUGUAGCACUUGACAGUUACUUGCAGAUUAGAUAAAGAUUAUCCAAUGCCUGUGUGCCCAAACCACUUUUUAGAACAGAUUUUUAACUGGACAUUCUGCCUUGCGCACCCAAAACUAAAAAGAAGACAAUUAUCUCCCAAUUACAAAUCUUUUCUUGAACCUCUUCUGCCUUCUGAUUCGGCCUCUGGAUCUUUAGUAAGCUGUCCCUCACCUAGAUGGGUUCUAUGCUUCUGCUGUUAAUUAUUGCAGUUGUUCCCCUCAUACAGCCCACAGCCAAGGCUGCCAACCAUGUAUUUUGAUCUAGCCUGGGAAUGACCAACUCCUUAGUUAAGCUGAUUCUAUACAAUCUGCAGAACAGUUUUUUUUUGUGUGCAGUUCCAUUCUGGCUAGAACCCAUCAGACCCCUGUACAGUCUGCUCUUUGUGAGGCACUUUAAAUCCUAGAAGUCACUUUUAUUCCAAUUGGUUUUGGCAUUUUCUUGCCACUUUGUUUUAUUUAUGUAGAAUUUACAACACAGAAAUACAUCAUAUAACCCAAAUGAUCCUUGUUGGCAUUUAAACUCUGCAAGCCUCCAUUCAUCUGUCUUUUCCUUUCAGCCUAAUUAUCCAACUUUUCCUUAAACAUACUCUUGGGUUUCACCUAAACUACUCCCAGAAAGAUGUUUCUGUUGCGCUCUUAUUAGUGACUCUUGUAUUCGUGGACUUUUCUAGAAGAAACAUUUAUUUAUCUUAUCACGUCUUUCCUAAAUUUAAGAACUUCAGUACUCCGACCAAUUUGUAGAGUGGAAGUGGAGCUCAUGUGAAGUGGCUGUUUUGAUAGCCUGAAUAUUUACUUAAUUCUCGAGAUAUUGGAGAUUUUCUUGGACUUUGAAUUACCAGUAGGCUGUAAACUGUAUACAUUCUCAAUUCAGUAACAAGUCCAGGCUUGAAGGAAAGAGAUGUUAGUCAUUUUAUUUUGCUGUUAAAUCUUUGCUCCCUUUAUUUUAAUUUGGUUUUAUUUAUAUAAAUUACUUGUACUCAAUCAGCACAAUAUGAUGGAAACCAAUUUCUUCCCUUCCCUACUGACCCCUAAAUAAAUUCUAUCAUACUGUAUGUUGAAGAUUGUUUAUAGUUGUACUUUAUUCCUCCCACAAAGAAGAAAAAUCACUCUGUAGCGAUUUUUGCCUGGUUUCCCUGCUCUUAUGAUGCUCAAUCAUUAUAAGUGAGAGUGUGGGAUUCAUCUUUUCCUUGUUGUUUUUAUUUUGCAUCUAUCUGAGAAUCUUUAAUUUUAUCUUUUUCCAUUGGGUGCUGUAAUAUACAGAGAUGUAAGGUGUCAGCAAGAAUGAAACACUGUUCGCUUGUACUGGCAGUUACUAGGCUUCUUUGCCUUCUGGGACUUUCCAAUAAUAAAGAAAUUAAUUUUUGUUUAAAA